AUGGCGGCCAAAGCGCUGGAAGUGGGCGAUCGUGUGACUGUGGGGAACACCGAGUUGCUGGGCACGGUAAAGUUUCUGGGCACCACGGAGUUCGCUGCGGGCGAAUGGCUGGGCAUCGAGCUGGAUGAAAAGGCAGGAAAGAAUGAUGGGAGUGUGAAGGGCAAGCAGUACUUCGAUUGCAAACCUGAGCACGGCAUUUUCGUCCGGCCUACAGCAGUCACGCCCGUAAAGGUCUCUAUGCCGGCGCCAACCGCUUUGGAGGUGCCACCAACGACACGGCAGUCUGCUCCGCCCAUCCCUCGUGGGAGCGGAAGUUUAGUGCCACCCGAGAUGAUGAAGCCGAAGCGCCUCAGUCAGAUGGAAAUUGAGAAGGCUGGAGCUCAGCUGGAACUGGCCCAUGCCAUCGAGGACCAUGAUGUCGAGGGCAUCCGUCGUGUUUUACCAGUGGCAGUCAACUUGGAGCUCGAUCCAAAGGAGAUUGAAGCGGCAAAGCGUAUUUUGAGCUUCGAGGCCCAACAGGACAUGAUCGAGGAGGUGGAGACCAUUCGAAGAAGCAUUGCGUCUUUGGCGAGGUCCCUUGCCAAAGUCGAGGAGGCAGCGGCCGAGCCUCAGGUGGCUGGUCUCCUCCAGCGUUUAGGGCCAGAGUUGGAGAAGCGACUGUGGGUGAAGCUUCAGCCCAGCAUCGACCGGAUCUUGACAGGUGUCCUGGCCAAAGUCUCGCAGUUUCGAAGAACUUCAAGCGAAUUCCAAUGGUUUGAAGCCUACACCUUUGAUCACUUUGAUCUCAACGGAGAUGGCUACAUUAGCCGUGAGGAGUUUGAAGAGGUUCGAAGGAGAAUCUUGAGUGGCGAGCCACCAGCGGAGCGUCAGGUCGAGCGUAUCAGUGAAGCGGAGCUCCAAGAACAACAGGCAGCCGCCAGCAAGAUCCAAGCGAUUUACCGCGGCCGCGCUGCACGAGACCAGGCAGCUCCGAAGCAAAUCCAAGACGAGGUGCCACGGCCACGCACAGCUGAAGAAAAGGCUUUAGCCUUGGCUGUGUGCCACUCCAUCUACGCUCGAGCGGCUCUCCGACAGAAGGUCCUUGCUUUGGGGGAGGAUCACCAGCAAGCUGUGCGCACCGUGCCCCGGAUCGGUUUGCAUGUGUUCGACUCCGGAGUCACAGGUUUACUACGGGCUAUCUUGACUGCAGUCUAG